AUGGUGGCUGCAGUUACGAAGAUUCCUAUAAUUGCCACAUUCUCAAUCUUUAAUUAUUUGACCCAUGGCAUGGAAGUCCUAUUGAUUUGGUCUCUUGAGUCAAAGCUUGGAAGUCUCAAGUCUGAGAAAGGAGAUUAUAGUUGGGUUGAUUGUGGCUUUAGCCAGAAUGAAUUUCCUGCACCUUCACAAAAAUCAGCAGGCGCAGAAUCUUUUGGUAAAGAGACAUCUAAGGAUGGACUAUCUGCUGGCAGUUUCACGCAGGAUACCAGGAACUGGUCCUCUGAAUAUCCUUUUCCUGCAACAGCUUCAGCUGCAGAGAUGGAUGCAACGCCCGAUGCUUCAGAGCCUAUGGAGCAAGAAAAACUUUCAAGCGUUGAUAAACUGGUACAGAUUAGCAAUGAACAAGAAGGGACUUUUCGGAAGAGGAGAGGGAAGAGAAAAAGGAAGGAUUGUAAUAGGGAGUCCAAAGAAGGGAGCAUUGGAGACAGUGAGAAUUUGGGUUCAACCAAUGUUUUAAUUGACUCUCAAUGCAAGGAAAAUUCUAUCAGUGACUGUGGUCAGACGGUCAGAUCUUCUGGUGUAAAUGAUCACAAUAAAGGUUCAAGUGGGGUUGGAAAUGUUGAUUUGAUGUUGAUAUUUGAUUCUAUUGCAAAGAAUGAAUACGCCUUGGUCUUUCGACGUCGGCUUGAUAGCCAGGUAAUGAUUGACAAUAUAAGAUGCUUCGCCAUUUUAUCAUCUCUAUAUUGCAGUUAGGCAACCAUAGUAGUUAUUUGUGGAAAAAAUCUC